AUGAAACCGUUGAAUAGAAGGUUCAAAGAGAAUAGGGUGGAUUUGUUUGACCAAAGAGGUAGAUUGGUGAGAAAUAAACCACUGAACCACCUCAGCACAGAAUGGUCCUACAAUUUCAACAUUAAUUACCAAUGCACUGCUACAACUGGUUUUCAAAACUACAUGCAUGAUGCAUGA